UCUUGUUAUACGGUACACUUUACCAAGGCUAUCGUAUAGGUAUUAGCACAAGCCAUAGACCAAAACAUAGAAAAAGGAAAAAUCAAUCCACUGUUACUAGAAAACAAUGGAAGACGCGAGAAACAACCCACCAAGCGAGACUCACGUAAAAGAGACAUCCAACAAUAAGAGAAAGCUCUCAGUCUCCCACAAUGAGGAUUUGCAGAACUCCUACUACAAAAUCCGUGUUCUUGUCCGACAGCUUCGACCACAUUUUAUUCAGGUUCUUCAGACACCUGACUUCAGAAAUUGCAAUGCAGCUCAUGAAAUUAAAAAAAACUUGAAACUUGUUUUGGAUUUAUACAAACAGAUGAUAGCGGAGACGGACCCACCUGUGAAUGUUGUGACAGAACCGCAAACUUUAUCUGGUGAAAAUGUUUUUGAAGAACAAGACCCUGACAAAGUCCAAGAGGGAAAAGAAGCAGAGCUGCUUAAAACUGAAGAUUGUGCAGAAAAAUCAACAGAUAUAAAGCAUCCAAUGCCUUGUUCUAGCUCAGAGUGGAAGCUUAAUGAUGACCAAUUUCGUGGUAGCUAUAUUGUGGGCGGAUCAGUCUUUGGUUGGAAUUUCAUCACUUAUGGAGGCAGUAAACCAGUUUACUAUGGGCUAACAAAGGAGUCAUAUCUAAAUAGGCAGAUGAAGUCGUAAUGAUGGCUUGUGCUUUUGACACCAAUCCGUCCUGAUAAUAAGAAGUCACCUUUUGUGGUGUACAACAAAAAUUUUGCAAUGAGAUAGCCAUGUUGGAGUGGCCAUGAAAAAUCAAGAAAGGGUCCUCUGCCCGGUACAUUUUUUGAAAUUUUGAUUACAAACUGAACAGAU